UUGAGAAAGAGAGAGAGCCUGUUGUCAACUAACUUUAAUUGGACUCUUCCUGUCAGUGAUCACUACUGUUCGUAAGCUCCACUAGUCCACACUGGUACACACGGGGACUAAUGCAUUAUUCAGUCAAAUAAGUGCGUUUUUCUUAAGAUGAAAUCGAAACGUUUUCUAAAUAGACUGAUGUGGAUUUCUUUUCUCAGAACUCUGAUUUCUAACUGCAUUUGGAGUAUUGUGAGUUUAUGGCUUUUUCUUGGUCUUACUGUCGCUUACAAUUUAGACAUGGAGCAUCCUUUAAUGUAUAGCGGACCCAAUGGCUCUUUAUUUGGUUACUCAGUCCAGCUACACUCUCAUGAAAGUGUAAAAUGGCUUCUUGCUGGAGCCCCAAAGGCAAACUGGUCAUCGAGCACUUCAAUUAAAAAUCCUGGUGCAAUUUUCAAAUGCAGUGUUGAAGACAACCCCGAGAUGACUUGUGAGCAACUACAUAUAGGUGAGCCACCAUUUGAAAUUUGUGGAAAGACGUGUAGAGCAGAAGCAGAUGCUCAGUGGUUUGGAAUCUCUCUGUCAAGACAACUAAAAGAAAAUGGAGACAUUUUGGCCUGUGGUCAUCGAUGGAAAAAUAUAUUUUAUAUGAAACAUGAUAAGUUACCCCUUGGAAUUUGUUAUAGAAUCCCAUCUAAUCUGGAAACAAGUAUGAGUCGUAGAUUAUGUCCAUGUUAUCAAGAUUAUCAUCGAAAAUUUGGUGAACAAUAUGGUUCAUGUCAAGCAGGAAUAUCUAGCUUUUUUACACAGGAUUUAGUUAUUAUGGGAGCCCCCGGCGCUCACUAUUGGACUGGUGCUAUCAUGAUGACAAAUAUAACUGAUAAUAUGUCUUAUCGUUUAAAUGAUAAUGAAGGUGCUGUCAGAUUUGGAAGUUAUCUAGGCUAUGCAGUAGGUGCUGGUCAUUUUGUUAGCCCAAGCAGCACUGAGAUUAUAGGAGGAGCACCCCAACAGGAACAGACUGGUAGGGCAUACAUUUUCAGUUACGAAAGAAACAAGUUGAAAAUACUGUUUGAAGAUAAGGGUAAAAAGAUCGGAUCAUAUUUUGGUGCUGCUGUUUGUGCUGCAGAUCUAAAUGCAGAUGGCCUUUCUGACUUGCUCAUUGGUGCUCCAACGUACAGUACAGUCAGAGAAGAAGGAAGAGUAUAUGUGUAUAUAAACAACGGCAAUGCUAAAAUGAAUGAGUCUUUCAUAGAGUUGUCCGGAAGUGACAUGUAUGCAGCAAGGUUUGGAGAUACCAUAAGCAACCUUGGAGAUAUUGAUAACGACGGCUUUGAAGAUGUAGCAGUUGGGGCACCGCAUGAAGAUGAUCUUCAAGGAGCUGUUUAUAUCUACAAUGGGAGGAAGAAUGGGAUAUCCCAUUCUUUUUCACAAAAAAUAAAGGGACAGCAAGUCAGAAAUGGACUCAGCAUGUUUGGGCAUUCAAUAUCUGGUGGUAUAGAUAUUGAUGGCAAUGGAUACUCAGAUGUGGCAGUUGGUGCUUUCUUGUCAGAUUCUGCAGUGGUGUUAAGGACUCGGGCAGUUGCAAUUGUUGAGGCCUCUAUGGAUCUACCUGAAUCAUUCAAUCGGAGUAUAAAAGAAUGUUUUCUGUAUGGACAGCCUACAGCCUGCAUGAACCUGACUCUUUGUUUUAAAUAUAGAGGCAAAGAAGUCCCUGGCCACAUAGUUUUGUUUUAUAAUCUGACUGCGGAUAGUCAGAGGACUCCAGACAGACUCAGCAGGUUUUAUUUUAUAACAAAUGGAACAUCAGAUGUAACAUCGGAUCGUGUGAAUAUUAAACAUACAGCUGAAAGUUGUAAAACCCAUCGUGCAUAUAUAAGGAAAGACGUGAGGGACCUUCUAACUCCAGUACACUUUGAAGCUACAUAUCAGCUUGGGGAUCAUAUUGUGCCCAGUAAAGACAGUAACCAGCUAUCACCUCUAAAGCCAAUCCUACAGCAAAGGGAAGGAGAGAUAAAUGCCAUCAGAAACAAGACUAUAUUCGCUCGAUAUUGUGUCUGGAAAAAUUGUUCUGCAAAUUUAAAGGUGCAGGGAUCCUUUGCAGUUCCAGGGAUGGAGAACAAAUCUUACCUUACUGUUGGAGCUGUAAAGGCACUCAAGUUGAAAGUGUCCCUCAUGAAUGAUGGAGAUGAUGCAUACAAUACACGACUUUACAUCACACUUCCCAGAAAUGUCUACUUCAGUAGAAUUUUAGCAUCAGAUGAAAGCUAUAUUAGCUGUGAAGCUAAUGACUCAUAUUCGGAGACAGGUGUAAUGCUUAAUUGUCAUGUUGGAAAUUUCUACUUGGAAUCUCUAUCAAAGACUGAUAUUAGCUUCCUUCUGGAUACCAGCAAGCUUAUCCGAGCAGAAAAUUUUGACAUCUUAAUUAAUGCAACCUGUGACAAUGAAAAUCUUGAUAUUCAGCAAGAUAAUUUGGCCUUUGUUUCAUUUCCCCUGAGGCAUGAAGUUGAUCUACUUGUGACAGGGUCAGUGUCACCACAGUUAGUUGUUUUUGAAGAUGAAAGCAAUCUACCUGUUGAGUGCAAAGUGGACAAAGUUGAUUUCACAUUCCAUGUAGUAAACAGAGGACCAAGUAUAGCUCCACAUACAAAGCUGCAGAUUAUGAUACCUAACGCUGUUGUACCAGUGGACGCACAACUAUGUGACAUUCAAAAUGUAAAGACUACUGUUGGUGAUUGCCAAAUUAUAGAUGAGAAUUUUAUUCCAAAUGAUUUUGAUGACUGCACUACAGUAAACAAGUCAACGACCUUUCUUGAAGAUGUAGUAGAUUUUUUCAGUAGUCCUACCAGACGUAUUAUUCACUGCUCUGCAGAAGAUGCUAGGUGUCUGCAAGUAAUUUGCAUGUUUGGUGAAAUAGAAUCUGGAAUGGAAGCAACUGUAUAUGUUUACAUGAGAAUAAUUCCCCAAAGAUUAAGUGUAGCAAGAGCAACAAAGGUUCCUAUAAUUUCAUCUGCUACAAUAUCCUCAAUGGAUGAUGCCAAAACAAUCCCUAUUAAUGGUAUACAGACAGUACAGGUUAUUCUAGAAGGUCACAAGCUUCAAAGGAUAAGUGGAGUUAAAGCAAAAUUGAUUACUAUCGGCAGUUGCGUCAUUGGUAUCUUCCUGUUUCUGCUAAUUACAUAUAUUCUUUGGAAGUGUGGUUUCUUUAAAAGAGCAUAUAAAGACAGAUGGAAAAAAGAAGACGAAGAAGAAGAAGAAGCCAUUCUGAAGAACCCAAGAAGUUCACUGGUUCUGAAACAAGAUCCAUUUCAAACAGAUCCUGAUUUUCAGUAUGAAAAAACUGACAACCAUGAAUUUCUUCGAAUGUUUCAAUAACUGAAGAAACAGACAAAAAUAUCACAUUUUGAGAUGAACAAUGGAAAUGCUUUUUGCAUUUACCUACAGUACCAGUGAUGUCUUGUCAGUAUUAAUAAUCUGUCCACUUUAAUUGAAAAUGUAUUGGAAGAAUGAAGAAAGAAGAUGUUUUCCAAUGAAUUUAAACUUCAGAAUACCAAACCAACAAACAAGUAAAUACAAAAACAAAAACAACUGAAAAUAUCAAGGAAAAUUUUGAAGUAAUACGUUAGGAGUAACACAUAUGUUAAGACACCCGUUGAUUAGUAUUUGGUUAAGGAGGAAAAAUGUUAACCAACCACAGUGCUCUCAGAUAUUACAUGAACUGAAAUAAACACAAUUCAAUGGACAAGAUUAUACAGAUGAGCAUUAAAACUUAAAGAUUUAAAACAUACCUCAAUGAUAAAGCAUUUGCACCAUACAUAUUAAAUUAGUGCAAGAUACCCGCAGUCAUAGUUAUUUUUUCAAAGGUGAUCAAUAUUGUAUGUUCAUGUGCUUAACAAAUUACAAAGGUAAAGGGCCUGUGGAGCAUUAUCAUUGAAACCUAUGGCCAUUGUAAAUUAUGUUUGACUUGUUUUUCAGGAGCUACUGGUUGCACUAAAAUGCCUAUCAUUUGUUUCUGUUUAUAGCAUUAUGGAUUAAAGAGUGUGAGAGAAAGAGUGUAUGUGUGUGUAUGUGUGUGUGUGUAUGCGUGUGUGCGCGUGUGCGUGUGUGUGUGUGUGUGUGUGUGUGUGUGUUUUUGUAUCUAUAUACAUGCAGUUACAUAUAAGUAUGUAAGAAAACACCUGUAAUCCUGGGUGAAAAAGUUGAUCAGCAGCCAUUUCAUCAAAUGCAGCAUAUUUGAAAGCACUAAAACUGAAGGCAAAUUACAAAUUUGAAGACAAUUUUGAUGAAAGCACAUUAGUUGUUAGAACAAAAAUUGAAUUGCAUAUGCUGUAACAUACCACCUUUACCAUUCAGGACGAAGUACCUACUGUCCUGAAACUUAACCCUACCUGUAGGUAACCAAAAUUUACACCUUACAGCUGACCAUCCCUGACCCUAGUUGUAACUGACAGUCACUGACUUAUGCACAUUUGAGGUAAGCAUUUUAUGAACUGUCUUUUCAUUCAUUAUGACAACCAAGCUGAAUUCAGCUACUUUGUGUCAGUGCAAUGUUGUGUUUUUUGCACUUGUUCCAUAUGCUUUUAAAUUGUUUCCAUCAAUUAAAAAUUAAUUCUCCUACAAUCAACUUGUAUGAUGUACCUUUCUUCCCAUCUGAGGUUAGCCACCUCCACUUUCUGCUGUUAAACUUAAAUAUUGCCAUCCCAGCAGUUCAUUUGUACAGUUUUCCCUUAUUUGUCAUAUCCUCCGUUGUUAGUGUACAUGCAACAAUAUUGCAACACCUCUUCCAUUCAUUAUUCAUCCCCUUCUUUCCUUGUUAGUUUUUGCUGUUUUCUGCUUGUAUCUAUAUAUUUUUAUCUAUCCAUUACUGCUUGUAUCUAUCUAUUUUUAUCUAUCCAUUACCGAAACAAGUAAUCACCUCACCCUCAACCCAAAUAAAACCAAACUCUUGCUCUUUACACCCAAAAAAAGUACCACUAUUAAUAAAUCUGAAUUCAUCAUUUUCUCCUCCAACAAGACUUCCUUAGAGGUAAUUUCGUAUACCAAGUUACUUGGCGUAACCUUAGAUGACAACCUAACCUUUGAACAACACAUCCACAACACCAUCAAAAAAACACACCAAAAACUUGGUACCCUCUACCGACAUAAACACUUUUUAAACUACGCUACUAGAAAAACACUUACCCAAACUUUUCUCCUACCUUCUCUCCUCUAUGCUGCCCCCAUUCUGGCAAACAUCCAAUCGUCAUUAAAAAAUAAAAUGCAGAGCUGCUAUAACAAAAUUGCUAAAUUUGUGACCAGGGCAAAACAUUUUUCCCAUCUCUGUCAUUCAUUACAAUCCCUGAACUGGCUAGACCUCCCACAAUACCUCACAUACAUACAACUAUCUGCAGCACACAGAUUUAUCUAUAAUUCCCCCAAAUGCCCAGCCCUUGCUUCACUUCUGAGUCUUUAUCAACCAAACUGACCUCUAACAUCUGAAAAUCAAUCACUUAUCCAAGUUAAGAGACCAAAACUCCCUGCAGGCCACUACCUUUACUCUUUCACUGUAGCUAAACUCUGAAAUGCCCUUCCACCUUCUCUCUGGUCUAUAAAUAAUGCCCCAUCAUUCAAAAAAUCUCUUUACCAACAUCUCUCCUCUCAUUGGCUAUGCCCUUGCACCAUCCCAAUUCCUCAGUCACCUGAUUACUAACCUGACUCAUCUCUCAGAUAUCCACACUCUUCUUCACUCUCCCUAUUGUGCACUCAUCCUUAAUCACAGCACAGUGUGCCUCACCCUGCCUCACAUGGUGUAAAUGCAGAUUAUCAUUAUCUGUCUGAUCUAUUGAAUACCUUGCUAAGCAUCCAAGUCUUCCAUAAAAUAUAGCAAUACAUUGUCUAUGUUACAAUGUUGCUUCUGACUCUUAUGUUGUUAGUCUUGUAUAUUAUCAAAUGCUGUUAUUAACUUUCUAAACAAACUCUUUAUUAUGUACAUUGUUUUUGGAGUUUUUCUCUCCGGGCCUCCACUGAAAAUGGGUUCACACAAGCCCACUGGACUUUCCUGGUUAACAACAGCAAAUAUCUUUUCGCAGGUCUUGCUGCAAUGCCUUCUGUCCUUUUUCUUAAUCUUUCAGGUAAUGAUUUUAACUUCGGUAGCCAUGAACCUCUGCAGCUUUGGCUUAUUCUCUUCCCACUGCAUGUACCCCACACUGCUG